AUGUCUCGUCUGGAUCUUCUCGCAGGACAUUUCCUCCCCGCAAACGCUGCAACUGUUCAAACGACACAAGAAAUCAUGUCUUCACUGGCCGGAAAGGUUGCCUUGAUCAGCGGUUCUUCUGCAGGACUCGGCGCUGCCAUUGCUCAAGAGCUCUUUGCUCGCGGUGCCUCUGUUGUUAUAAACUACCCCUUUCCCAGCGAGAAGGCCAACGCAAACAAGCUUCUUGAAAGGCUUGGUGAUUCCAAAAGAGCUAUUGCAGUUGAGGCCGAUCUCUCGACGCGAGACGGACCGCAGGCCUUAGUUGAUGAAGCUGUCAAGGUCUUUAGCAAGAUUGAUAUUCUCGUCAAUAGCGCUGGGAUCAACCGACCCAUAUUUUUGGACGACCCAAACGAUUCAACUGUUGAAAAGACCUGGCAUGACAUUGUGAAUUUAAAUGGAAGGGGGGUCUUCUUUCUCACCAGGGCCGUGCUCAAACACCUUUCCCGAGAGAAUUCGCGCAUCAUCAACAUCGGCAGUUCUGCAUCUCGCACUCCAAGCCCACAGUCCAGCAUCUAUGCCGGCACCAAGUCUAUGGUCGAAGUCUACACUCAGUGCUGGGCAACGGAACUCCCUCGCAAGUACGGAUGCACUGUCAAUGCUGUUGCUCCCGGUCCGGUUGCUACAGACGCUUUUUUAGCCGCCCCGUCGUUCGUUAGAGAGGCUUUGCAACCCUUGAUUGACGCCACUCCUGUCGCCCCACGCCUGGGUAGGCCGGAAGAGAUAGCCUGGACAGUGGCGACUUUGGCGGAAGAAAGAGCGGGCUGGAUUAAUGGAGCCUUUAUACCCGUAAAUGGAGGGAGUGCUAUAUUCUAG